AUGGGUACCGCCACAGAAGUUACCAACAGCCCCGAGAUGACGGAGGCUCAGAACCAGGCUAAGAAGGAUGUCGGCGAUCGUGAGGAGGCCGCGCCGGCCUACGUGCCCGCGACGGCGGAGGAGCACAACAGCGUCCUGACGGGAGAGGAUGGUGAACUGAUCGACUACAAGACUCUCACCUGGUGGCAAGGUGGCAUCGUCCUCAUCGCCGAGACCGUGUCCCUGGGCAUCCUCUCGCUGCCCUCCGUUCUGGCGACUGUCGGUCUCGUCCCGGGCAUUGUCCUCAUCCUCGUCAUGAGCUUCCUGUCGACGUACUCAGGCCUCGUCCUGGCUGAGUUCCGCAACGAGUACCCCUUUGUGCAAAACUUUGGCGACGCCGUCGAGGUCAUCGGCAAGUCCAUUGGUAUGGGCGCCGUCUUCCAGGAGGUCUUUGGCUGGGCGCAGGUUAUCUUCCAGGUCUUUGUCAUGGGCAGCCACUUGUUGACCUGGACCAUCUGCCUCAACACCCUGACCAACUCGUCUACCUGCACCAUUGUGUGGGCCGUCGUCGGUUUGGCUGUUUUCGCCGUGCUCAACUUCCCGAGAACGCUCAAGUACACGAGUUACAUGUCCAUGGCUUCAUGCUUGUCCAUCACCCUGGCCGUCCUCAUGACCCUCGGUGACGUCGCCGUUUCCCGCCCCAUCGGCUCCGGCAGCAUCGAAGUCGCCCGCCAGCUCGGCUUCACCGGCGCCUUCCUCGCCGUGACCAACAUCGCUAUCGCCUUCUCGAGUCACUCCUGCUUCUUCAGCGUCAUCGGCGAGUUCAAGAAGCCCGAGGACUGGCCCAAGGCCCUGGCCCUUCUCCAGAUCGCCGACACGACGCUCUACCUGCUCGCCGCCAUUGUCAUCUACGUCUUCGUCGGACCGGACGUCCCCUCCCCCGCCCUCUCCGCCGCCGGCUCCAAGACGAUGCGCAAGGCCAUCUGGGGCAUCGCCAUCCCGACCAUUGUCAUCGCUGGUGUCAUCUACGGCCACGUUGCCGCAAAGUAUAUCUUCUCGCGCCUGUUCCGCAACACGAAGCACAUGAUUCGCCGCACCAAGCUCUCCGGCAUCGCGUGGAUCGGCAUCGUCGUCGGCAUCUGGGCACUGUCCAUGGUCAUUGCCGAGUCCAUCCCUGUGUUCAACUCGCUGCUCGGCCUCAUUUGCGCACUGUUCGCCUCGUGGUUCUCAUACGGUCUUCCCGGUAUUUUCUGGCUGUGGAUGCACUACGGCAACUGGUUCAAGGACGGAAAGCAGACGUGCAAGUUCGUGGCCAAUGUUAUCCUGUUCCUCACGGGAUUCCUCAUCUGCGUGCUUGGUCUGUGGGCGUCUAUCGAGUCGAUUGCUAAUGAGAAGGGCACCAAGCCGUGGACGUGUGCUUCCAACGCCGCGCGAUGA